CUUCGUCAAAUUGCAUAAGAAUCCUCAAAUUCGUGAUUUCUCAAUUUCGCUCUUGUUCCCAAAUCUCACUAUGCUAAGAUGGAGAACCCUCCUCUCGCUGAAAAGCUCAUUUUCAUCACCUUCGGCGGCUACGAAAACCAUUCUCGCUCCAUUUCAUUCGACCAGUGUCCUGUCUGAGAAAUCGAGGAAACACUUCGGUUCCGAUAGAGGUUCCAAGGGUGGUGGUGGCACAACUUCUGAAUCUUCAAAGAACUCGUCUGUAAGGUUCACAUGUACCGUUAAGGAGAAGGGGCGUCGCACUUGUGCUAAAAAGACUGUAGACAAGCUUCUCUUCCACAGUGGACUUAACGAUCCCCUUCAGAAUGAGUGGAACAUUGGUCCAAAUCCGCUUAUCCGAGAUAGGCAUAUGAAGAAAAAGUCUCCACCUGGCCGGGGAAAGAAGCCUCGUGACAAGAAAACUAAACGGUGGCACAGAGAAGGAAACACCGACGACGAUUUUGAAGCUGAUGCUACUAAUAAAUUUGAGAAGAAAUGGAGAGAAGCAUGGACGGGCCAAUCUCAGAAGUCCUCGUAUUCGAGGGACUCGGCGUCAUCGGGGUUUCAAUGGAGAGAAGGAUGGAGCUGGACAACUCAGUCUCAAAGGAGCAAAACCUGGAACAACAAUGAGUCUUGCGAUGAGCCUUUGAUGGUUGGGUCUCAGUCUGAUAGGAAUGCUCUUGGUCUACCUCUUACUGGUCCCCUCAAACUAGAAGAUGUUAAGAAAGCCUACCGUUCAUCAGCUAAGAAAUGGCAUCCGGAUACGAACCAGGGGCCUUCUAAGGCAGAGGCUCAAGAGAAGUUUAAGCUCUGUGUUGAGGCGUACAACUCUCUCUGUUCUGCACUCUCUUGACGUUUACACAGAGAGGCAUUAUUGAUACAUACAUUCUUUAGUAGGAGUUAGAGAGUUUUAAAGUUGCUAAGGCUGCUUCCGAGAGAUUCAAUUGUUCUUUUUCUAUAUUCAUGAGAAUCCAUGCGUCUCUCAACCUAUCCCAUCAUUUGAUA